AUGCUCUGUGACAUUAAGACUUUAGUUACUAAAAGGCAUAUUGUGGAACAGAUGACUGAGAAGGGACCUCCUCAGUUCCUGUCAAUGUCUGCAGGGUGGUGUCAGAGGAUGAACCCAGGCUCUGUUGAGGAGCUGCUGAGUGCUGAGCAGCAGGACAAGAGGGAGUGGGCAGAAACAGUUGCACCUCCUGCAGAUCACGAGGCCUCCCAGCACGUAUGCAUUCAGGCUAACUUGAAACAGAUACUCCCAGCAGUGCAUGGUCCUCUUAGUCCACAUUGUUGCAGCUCCACGUGCUUCACGCUGCCCACCAUGCCAACCUUACCUGAAGACAAGGGACAAGCAAAAGAGGCACAGCACAACAGUUUUAUUCCAGCCAAAGACACAACUAUUGAAGGGACAACAUGCAACACACCGUCUACUGUUCUUCCAGAGAAUGCUGUGACACCAGAUGUAGAAAUUGAUAAAUAUCUGGUUAACAGGCCUUGUAGUCCUCAUAGGAGACAUUCUAACCGUGCCACCAGGAAUUCAACAAGUUCRCUGACUUCUGUUGACAACAGGGGUCAUGUGAUUGAUCUGGUAAAUGAUCUGCUCCCAGAUGUCAAAAUAUCAGAGGAAGAUAAAAAGAACCUUGAAUUGUUAGAAGAAGCAAAGAAAGUGAGUGAGAGGUUCCUAACACGCAGAGGCAGAAAGUCAAGAAGCAGCCUCCAAGAGUCACCCACAGGGUCUGAUGCAUGCACAACCACUAGUAUUGAAUCAGUAUCUCCAGGGCAGAAUAACAGAACUGUGAAAGAGGAUGACAGGCAAACUGCAGAGAAUGCUGCAAAAGGAUUAAUUGAUCGAAGGCAGAAUGAUCAAAGAAAGAUUUCUCAGGGAGGGUUGGCUCCUCGUUCUGCUGUUUUUGAAAACUCCAAAGAGAAGCUCUCAGACCAAAAAGAAAACUUUGAUCCACAUAAACAUAUGGAUACCUUACCUAAAUGCUCCCCUUCAUCUGGUGAUGGUGGCAGAAUGUCUCUUAACACUUGCAUGAAUGUGUGUGAAAAUGAACUUGGAAAAUCAUUCCUCAAGAAAGGGAAAGAAAAUGAUGUUCCUUUAAGGUCCCAUCUAUCAGGACCAGGAAUAGGAAAUAUGGACUCAAAGCUAAAAAUUCCUGUUCCAGAAAUGAGGGACCAUAAAGUUCCGUGUAAACCAGAAUUUAAACUGUGUGGGUUGCAUCCUCCCCUAUUAUGGGCUGUGUCCUGGGAUAGCUUGGAGCCUGGACACAAAGAGAAAAUCCCUUUGAAAUUCGCAUCUGAGGAAGAGAAAAGCUUUUUUGGUAAUAAAUCCAGCAACCAGCUAAAAACAUUCAAAGAUCUCCAAAUCCAAGUUCAACCAGUUCGAAUGCAGAAGCUGACAAAGCUCAGAGAGGAGCAUAUUUUGAUGAGAAAUCAAAAUUUAGUUGGACUAAAACUUCCUGAACUUAGCAAAGCAGUGGAACAGGAAAAUGGUACAGUAUCAUAACACCUGAUCAGAGUGUUUGUUUUACCCUGGUUUUUAUAACUGACUAUCAUGGGGUGGAAGAAAAUGUCUUUUUCUUCAAGUGCAAUAGUAGUUGAAGCAAGUAUGGAGAACAGAAAUAAGCAAUAAAUAAGAGAGACCAAUAAUGUAAAGUACCUCAUUUUCUUGAUGAUUGAACCAUGAAGACCCUGUA